AUGAAGGUUGAAAGAGAUUCUGUUGGACUUGUUACUCCAUUUGCCAAAGCUGGAUUCGUGAGCAGAAUGUCGUUUUGGUGGUUAAAUCCGUUGAUGAAAAAAGGCAGGAAGAAAACUCUUGAGGAUGUAGAUAUACCCAAGUUGCGCGAGGCAGAUCGAGCAGAAAAUUGUUAUAUGCUGUUCUUGGAACAAUUGAAUAAGCAGAAAAGAGCAAAACCAUCAAUUUUAAAGGCAAUAAUCUUGUGCCAUUGGAAAGAAAUCAUCUUAACUGGGUGUUUUGCUUUGUUAAAGAUUCUUACAGCGUCUGCCGGCCCCUUACUUCUGAACUCCUUCAUAUUGGUUGGUGAGGGGAAAAAAAGUUUCAAGUACGAAGGACACUUGCUGGCAAUAUCAUUUUUAUUUAUAAAGAGCAUAGAAUCCAUAUCACAGAGGCAAUGGUUCUUCCGAAGCAGGCUUAUUGGCCUGAAAGUGAGAUCAUUGCUAAUUGCAGCCAUUUAUAAAAAGCAACUGAGAUUAACCAAUUCAGCUAGGUUGAAGCACUCAGCUGGUGAGAUAAUGAACUAUAGAUACUACUUCGCCUCUGCAAAAGAACUAAUGAGGAUAAAUGGCACAACCAAGUCUUUAGUAGCAAGUCAUCUAGCUGAGUCUUUAGCGGGAGCCAUGACAAUAAGGGCUUUUGAGAAGGAAGACAAGUUCUUUGCAAAAAAUCUUGACCUCAUUGACACCAAUGCUAGUCCUUCUUUCCACAACUUUUCAGCAAAUGAGUGGUUGACCCAAUGGAUAGAAAUGAUAAGUGCAGUUGUUCUUGCCUCUGCAGCACUUUGCAUGGUUUUGCUUCCUCCCCGAACUUUUAGCUUUGGACUUAUGGGGAUGUCACUUUCUUAUGGUCUUUCCUUAAGCAAUAACCUUGUCCGUGCAAUUCAAAUGCAUUGCAGUAUAGCAAAUGACAUCAUUUCUGUAGAAAGGCUAUAUCAAUACAUGCAUAUUCCCAGUGAAGCCCCUCAAGUAAUAGAAGGGAGCCGCCCAAUGACAUAUUGGCCGGCUGUGGGUAAAGUGGAGAUACAAGAUUUGCAGGUCAGAUAUAGGCCCAGUGCACCUCUCGUUCUUUGCGGGAUAAAUUGCACUUUUGAAGGAGGGCACAAGAUUGGUAUUGUUGGCCGAACUGGCAGUGGGAAAACUACCCUCAUAAGUGCUCUUUUUCGUCUGGUGGAGCCAGCUGCAGGGAAGAUUAUAGUUGAUGGCAUUGACAUCUCUCAAAUUGGACUUCAUGAUCUUAGGUCACGUCUCGGAAUAAUUCCUCAAGAUCCUACUCUUUUUAAUGGGAAUGUGCGAUACAAUUUGGAUCCCUUGUCUCAAUAUUCUGACCAAGAAAUCUGGGAGGUUAUUGAAAAGUGUCAGCUGCAAGAGACUCUUCAAGAUAAAGGAAAGGGCCUAGAAGCCUUAGUUGUGGAAGAUGGAUCAAAUUGGAGCGUGGGGCAGCGACAACUUUUCUGUUUAGGGCGAGUACUUCUGAGGAAAAGUCGGAUAUUGGUGCUCGAUGAAGCAACUGCAUCAAUUGAUAAUGCAACUGAUACGAUUCUGCAGAAAACUAUUCGGACUGAAUUUGCAGAUUGUACUGUAAUCAUAGUGGCACACAGGAUACCAACCGUGAUGGAUUGCAACAUGGUUCUCGCCAUUAGCGAUGGAAAAGUAAUGGAGUAUGAUGCACCUAGGAACUUGAUGAAGAGAGAAGAUUCGCUGUUCGGGCAGCUUGUGAAGGAAUACUGGUCCCGUUCUGAGUCUACAAAACCCCAUUGAAGCUAACAAUAAUUUCUUAUGCUAACUUUUUUAACAAAACGGGAAGAAAAAAACAAAGGUUUUAAGUGGGAAAGCAGGGGAAAAAACUUCAGUGGAGCUCUAAAGAAAAAGAAAAGCAUUGAGAGGCCACGUUCUAGGUUGUGUAAUUAAUGUAUCUAGUUGUACUGAAAUGCUAUGCUCCUUCUUUCUA